AUGCAAGGGAUAUUGCACGUUCUUAGUCGAAAUGCCUACCCACAAAUACUUAUUAAACCUGCUAUAUUACUUCCCACGUUAUUUCUCGCUACGAAGAGAAGAACCUAUUCUUCAAUACUGCGUAGAAAACAUGAUAUAAAAUCCCAUUCACUGCCGUCUGCGUUUUCGACAGCUCUUCGAUCAGUACGACCAAUACCUUCAAUACGAUCUAUCCAUAAUUACAGUCCCAUUUUCCAAGAAAAUUUGCGAGACAAAAAGCCCAUAUCUCCGCAAGGUUUAAUCGAUAACAAGUCUCAAUCAUCAAUAUCAAAGAAAAUGACUUCAAAUAAUAUUAAGCAAACAACGGCUGAAGGAUAUCUGCCGACAAGUUCAACUAAAAGAAAAACAUCGUCGAUGGUAUCCAGGCUUUGUUGGCUUAUCUUUGGUUCCAUCACUCUCUUUAUUACAUUACCGUACGCCAUGGAUACAGAUACGGUUAAAUCAUUAAUCAAUAAAACUAUACAUAAUGCUGUUUUCAUUCAGUUAAGACACCUAAAUAAUAAAAUAAAUUCCAGUCCACAUAGUGCAGAUCACAAAUUACGAAUUAAUCUAAAGUUCAAUAAAGCGUCCAUUUGCGAUUGGAAACAAAAUCUCAUUAAAUUUGAUGACGUUAUGAUUACCGUAGCGCAAGAGCACGGAAAUGAUCUUAAUUGCAAAAUUUAUCAAGUCACCAUUUCUUUAUCUAUUAAGAAGUGGUUUAAUGGGAACGGAUUAGUCAAUGACGUUAGUAUCUUCGGACUAGAAAGUGAUUUAACUUCCAUUGACAACAGUUUUGAUGAUAACAAUAAUGGAUUGAUUGAACAAUUUAUUCAAUGCUCCAACUAUGAGUUUGGUACAGUUAAAAUCAAUGAUUCAUUUCUCAAGCUUAACGAGAAGAAAUUUUCCAUUUUCAAUUUAGAGUUGAAUAAAUUAAGGUUAUCAAAGUUACUUCUGGAUUUUUUGAACGCGACUGUGAUAACAGGGUCGAUUAAUAAUUCAUUAUUUUCAUUACAUAAGAGACAACAUAAAUUGACCAACUUAAAUGAUGUUCGAAAGGAUUUAUCACCGUCUUUCCAAAAGAUCACUAGAAUAAGAUUGAACACAAUUAACGUCAAUGAUCUGGGAUUAUCUAAAACUAAAUCAUAUAAUUGGAUCAAAGAUGGAAAUGUGGAAAUCAUACUUGAUAUGAUGUUGCCUCAGAAUGAUGACCAUACAAUAACGACUUCCACACGUAAUCAAAAUAAGUAUAUGAUUAUGGAUUUGAAAUUCAAAUUCAAAGAUUUGAAAGCCCACUUACCAGCAAGACCUCCAUCAUUACCAACCACUAACGAACCAAUCAUUUCAUUAGAAGAGUUAAAACCAGUUAUCGGAUACAUCAAUUUGCAAAGGAUUUUGGUCAAUACUAUGAAAUCUCAUGAACCUAAUAUCGAUACUAGUAGUACUUAUAUAACUCUGAAUUCUCCAAUGUGGAAUUCGCCAAAUGUUUCCAUCCAAAGGAAAAAGUCAAUGCUAAUGAAUAAUAAUAAUAGUAAUAAGAAUAAUAACCAUACAAAUACCAGUGAGAAGAACAAUAGUACGAUCAUAAAGAAUAAUGACAACAAAGGCAUUACCAUAAAUAAUGAUAAUGAAAUAAUUUUAAAUUGUAAAAUAGUAAAAAAUAUGGUCGAUUUUGAAAAUAAGAUUUCAUUCAAACAAACAGGCAUUUAUGAUCAAUUAACACUGGAAUUAUAUGAUGAUUUAACUAGGAUUGUUGAAGAAUGGGAAUAUAAAAAUAAGAAUGAUUGGAUAAACCAAUGGGGGACUACUUUUGCAUCACAAUUAUUAUUAUUUGGGUUUGGCGCCAUAGUAUAA